AUACCCUUCCCUUCCUCUCGCUUCGUUUCUUCCUUGCAUCUUUUUCCUCGUAGCCUUGCCUGCAGCUUUUCACGAACCAGCAGUAGCGGCGACAGAGCCGAAGCCUCUUCGCCAAAUCUCAAAGCUCGGAUUCGCGAAGGCCUACUUUGGGGAGGUUAUGGCGUCGAAGUUGAACCAGUUGACAUCAAAGGCCUGUCAAGCAUCACAGUUUGUUUCGAAGCACGGAACUGUCUACUACAAGCAGUUGUUGGAACAGAACAAGCAAUAUAUUCAGGAGCCGCCGACUAUUGAGAAAUGCAAUUUACUGUCAAAGCAAUUAUUCUACACUCGCCUAGCGAGUAUUCCUGGCCGCUACGAGGCAUUCUGGAAGGAACUCGACUACGUCAAACAUUUGUGGAAGAACAGGCAGGAACUAAAGGUCGAGGAUGCUGGAAUUGCUGCUUUGUUCGGUCUUGAAUGCUUUGCAUGGUACUGUGCCGGUGAAAUUGUGGGAAGGGGAUUCACUUUCACUGGCUAUUAUGUCUGAGAAGCAGCACUUGAUGUGUGUUCCGGAGGGUGGAGUUUAUAUAAGCUUUGUCCUGAUUGGCUUGGCUCGGAUGUUUGGCACUCUCCCUGCAAUUUUUGCUCUUUUUCUGCAAGAUUUUUGUAGCUGAGAUAUCAGUGUUACCUGUGAUAACCACAAUAAUUCAUGUAUUUGAAGAGGCCUACAUGAUGUGCUGUGCCAUUCUUUUGUUAGACGCCCGGAUACUCCCUUGAAAGAUGGUGCAAUAACUUUCUGCAUUUUUGCUUA